AGUUCAGUUGCUGCAAUGAGACUGAUAAUUGUGUUUAGCGUGUGUGUGGCUUUAGCAUCAGCCGGCGGUUAUGGUCCUGGUAAAGGCAGAAGUAGUGCAUCAGCGUCCGCGACCCCGUCAUCGUCAGCAGGCUCCUACGGUGGGGGCGGUAGUGGGAUCAGCAGUGGAUCAUCUUCAUCCUCGGCUGAUGCCAGUGCUAAAGCCGGUGGAGUUGAUAGAUACGGAGGCAAAGGUGAACAGCUCGGAGGCAACAUUGGCCGAGGUCUCGGUGCUGCAGGAUCCGUAGGCAAAGGUAAAUCUCGUGUAUCCGCGUCAGCGUCAGCAGGCUCCUACAGUGGGGGCGGUAGUGGGAUCAGCAGUGGAUCAUCUUCAUCCUCGGCUGAUGCCAGUGCUAAAGCUCGUGGAGUUGAUGGAUUCGGAGGCAAAGGUAAAUCUCGUGUAUCCGCGUCAUCGUCAGCAGGCUCCUACAGUGGGGGCGGUAGUGGGAUCAGCAGUGGAUCAUCUUCAUCCUCGGCUGAUGCCAGUGCUAAAGCCAGUGGAGUUGAUGGAUUCGGAGGCAAAGGUGAACAGCUCGGAGGCAACAUUGACCGAGGUCUCGGUGCUGCAGGAUCCGUAGGCAAAGGUAAAUCUCGUGGAUCCGCGUCAGAGUCAGCAGGCUCCUACAGUGGAAGCGGUAGUGGGAUCAGCAGUGGAUCAUCUUCAUCCUCGGAAUCCGUAGGGAAAGGUGGAUCUCGUGGAUCUGGAAGCGGCGGUAAUGGCUCGCAUGGAGCUGGUGGCAAAUUAAGCGGCGGCGGUGGUGGAGGUGUAUACGGUGGUGCUUCAUCCAGUGCUAGUGCCACAGCUGUUGCCAGCAGCGGCGGCGUCUCUCAUGGUUAAAUUUCUCAGACUUUGUAUUAAUUUAAAUAAAAAUUAAGUCUUUUCUUUAAUUUUUAUAAAAUAAA